CUUCACUCAACUUUUCCCCCUUCCUUAUUCUCUCUUUUUUUCACAGGGGUAUCUUCUGAAAUUAAUUAUAUCGUGACUCGGGUCAUGUCCCCAUAGCCCACUGUCCUGUCACUCCCUCUUAUCAGCAGCACCUUACCUGAAAAUCACAUUGCAACAGGAACAAAACUAUAUCCACUCCAACAAAACCUCUAUAUAAACCACCACACGGACCAAUCGCUCAACCCACACCACCGAAUUCAGCACCCCAAGAACAAGUACAAAAGAAAAUGGACGCACAAGCCUACCUAAUCCGCCACGGCUGGUCAGGCCCCGGCAACCCACUUAACCCCAAUCGCCGCCCAGGCACACACGCUGGCCUCGGCCUCACGAAACCGAUUCUCGUCUCGCGACGCAAAGGCAAUCUCGGCGUCGGGCAGACGACAACCAAAGACCCGACGAACCAGUGGUGGUUGCGCGGAUUCGAGGAUGCGCUGAAGGGCGUUGGGGAUGAGAAUAAUGCUGGGGCGGAGAAGAAGCCGAAUGCGUUGACAAGUGAGCUUUAUCGGUAUUUUGUGAGGGGGGAGGUUGUUCCGGGGACGCUUGGGUCGAAGGAUGAGGAGAAGAAGAAGGGCUCCGAGUCCAAGGCGGAGUCUAAGAAGAGGAAGAAGGAUGAUGUGGAUGGGGAGGAGGAUCGGGAGGCGAAGAAGUUGAGGAAGGAGGAGCGCAAGAGGAAGAAGGUUGAGGAGGGGGAGGAUUCUACUGUGUCGCGCAGUGAUCGGGAUUCUAAGGAUCGGAAGGAGAGCAAGGAGGAGAGGCGCCAACGGAAGGAAGAGAAGAGGAGGAAGAAGGAGGCAAAGGAAUUGAAGAAGAAGCUGAAAAAGGCUAAGAAGGCGGAGGAGAGCACUACUGAUGAGAAUGAAAAAGCCACACGCAAGAGCAAGAAGGCGAAGGAAGAACAUAACCCGGAAGAGGACUAUCCUACUCCGAUAUCGAUCGAGAACGACCAGACAGAGUCUAGUGGACGCGAAGACUCCUCUGAAAAAGCGAAGAAGAAGAAAGAGAAAAAGGAAAAGAAGGAGAAAGAGAAGGACAAGGAAAGCAAAAAGAGGAAGAAGAGCGAGGAAUCAACACUUGAAGAUGGCUCGAAGUCAAAAUCGAAGAAGUCGAAGGAUGCCAAAAAGUCGAAAAAGGAGUGAGCUGACUAGAGGUAGAUUUAUUUUUUUUAGGAUAUCAUAUUUUUGCUCACAGCCGUACAUAGAUAGAUACCCAUUUGCUACAGCUACUGCGGUCUUUAUGAAGAUUAUAUUAUAUAUCGUGUCACGUCUGA